CGGAAAUCUACGCUACUAUCAUCGACCUCAAGCCCAAGACACCGCCGACGCCGACAAUCAUGGUCAACAUCCCCAAGACUCGCCGGACUUAUUGCAAGGGCAAGGCGUGCAAGAAGCACACGCCCCACAAAGUGACACAAUACAAAAAGGGCAAAGAUUCGCUGUUCGCCCAAGGAAAGCGUCGUUACGACCGUAAGCAAUCAGGGUACGGUGGUCAGACUAAACCUGUCUUCCACAAGAAGGCAAAGACAACGAAGAAGGUCGUGCUGCGGUUGGAGUGCACAGUGUGCAAGUACAAGAUGCAGCUCUCGUUGAAACGUUGCAAACACUUCGAGCUUGGUGGUGAGAAAAAGACAAAGGGUGCUGCGCUCCAAUUCUGAGCGCCUUGGGAGUCGUUUCAUAUUUUUGUUUUCCAUUGCUAUGUAUCCCCAAGUACAUUAUGACAUGACAUGCAUGCAUAUCAUCUUACGUGUGACUGGUCUCGAGUGACGUGCCUUGGUUAAUGCGACUAGCCUAUCAAGUUUUAGUGCGAGUGUUCGCCGAGUGUGAAGAUAAAUGCAACGCCCUCGUAACCACAGUCAAUAGCCGCCCAUUUAGUAGAGCAUAGGAUGAAGCGAUGAUCCAAAAUGAUUAGUCCCGC